CCCUGCUUGGAGUUUUGCUUUGGUUGACAAUCCACAAUUCCCGGCAACUAAUUAUUAUCUCUGUUUUUGUUCUUGAAUCUGAAAAUCUCUGAAUUAUCAAAGAGAUGGCCUUUUUCAUUCGACAAAGUAGCCUUGCGACACACUUCCGAUCUCCUUAUCAGAAGACAGAGGGUUCCAUGGCUUUGCCAAGUCGAGCUUUUCACGUUGAGCUUGGGGAUCGUGAGAAAGCUCUCUUGGCAGAGGACCCUUUGUUAAGACGAUUUAAAUCUUAUAAGAAGAGUGUGUGGCGGCUGAAGAGAAUCGGGGAUGUACUGACGAUUGUGGUUGUAGCAGGGUGUUGCUAUGAAAUUUAUGUGAAGGCAUCACUGAGAGAAGAAGCUCGGAACAAUGCUAAGGCUGGUGGUGAAAACAAAUGAGGUUGUCCGUUCUUUUGCUUAUGUGCCAAAACGAAAAAGUGUAUUGGCAGCGUUGUUUUAGCUUUUUAAUGAUUUUGGCUAAUGAUAAAUAAGCAAAAUGGACGUGUUGUGACAUUGUUGAAGACACCAGUCAACUAAUUUCUCAGGUUCUCAUCUGCCUAAUAAAAUUGUUUUUAAUGAUGAUUCCA